GUUUCUGCACGUCCCCAGCGAGUCCGCGCCGCUUUUGCCCACAAAGGCGUGGACAACGGAACUGAGUCGGGGCAUGUGGGAGGGGAGUUGCGGUGCUUAGAGUUUGUUCCAGGGCCCGCGCCGGUGGUUGCUGAGAGGAGGUUCUGACAGAGGGAUAAGGUCCUGAAUUGUGCCUUGUCUUGAAACCUCGCCCCAAAAAGGGAAGGGAGGAUCAGGUUUAAGCCCUGGUUCUUAAGGGAUGUGUGUUGGAAGGGGGGCAUAGACGAAAGGAGGUGGCUAACAGACUAAGCCUACGAAUGUCUAUCUACUUGGAAGUAAAUCCCUUUGAAUAUUGUGGAACUUACUGCAAGGUCAGUGUAUGUAGAUAGGAUCGUGGCCUAAAUAUGGAAAGAAAGGCAUGUGCUGGCCAGUUGGGGCUGCCCCAUAUUCCAUGGUGGUGGCUCUCUUUCAAUUUAAGCUAAUUUUCAGAGGGUUAGCUGUGUUAAUCUCUUACAGGAAAAACAAUACUCCUGGGGUACCUAAAAGAAUAAUGGUUUUAUUGUGGCAUAAGCUUUUGCAGACAAAUGCUAUUAAAUGCAUAAAUGUCAUGCUGAGUUACGAGUAUACAUGUGCUGCAUAGGUAGGUGGGGAAUUGUAGUGCUUAUGCCAUAAUAAACAUAAGCUUAAUAAGCUGCUGCUGGCCUGCCAAAGAGUACAAGUGAAAUUUGUACUUGAGGGUGAUAGAUUCCUUUCCAGUCAGUGAGGCAGAAGUCAUUUUAUUAAAAGAAAUACUGUUGGUGUUUGCAGUGUGGAGUGAUAAAACCUCCACUAUUGUGUAUCUAUAUACACAACUCCCCAUUUUGUAAAACAUUUUACAGAAAAGGGUCAAAGAUCUUACUUUUGUAUAGUAUACCUUGCUCCACACACUCCCCAACUUAUUUAUAGUCCUUCUGAUGAGAUGUGUAAUAGAGCAACUAUACAAAUGCUACUGCUUUAUUUUAAUUAUCUUGGACAAAUUAGAAAAUUAGGUGUGAUUUUAAAUAGAAUAUGGCAUCUGGAAAUGUAUGAAAAUGUCUUUCAUGCACUUAGGUAAAAGUAUAAUUGAACAUCAGAUAGUGGACUGGUUCUGAUGUUACACAAAACUAUAGUAUUUGGAGUUAAAAGAACAAGUGUAUCCUCCCUACUUCUCAGGGAUGGCAGUGAGGAAGACAUUGAGAGCUUUUGUUUUUUUUUUUUUUAGAUUUCCCACAUUGUCUGUACCCAACAAAAAUUUUAAAUAUUUACUGAAAAUUAAAAAAACAAAAAUAAUGACUACAAAACAGUAAUCAAUGUCUACUGGAUCACCCCUGUGUACAUGCUUGUUUACACUCAAAGAAAUCCAGUAGAUUAGUGAGACAGGACAUCCCCUUGUUGAAAAAAGGCUGAUUUUUUUCUUCUUCCAGCAGGGCUUGUCCCUCCAUGUGCUUACCGUUUCUACCUUUAUAAUGCCUUCAAGAAGUUUACUCAAAAUGUAUGUUGAGCUAACUGCCCUGUAAUUUCUUGGAUCCCCCCUGAAUCCCUUUCAAAAAAAUUGGUGUGACAUUGGCCAUUCUCCAAUCCUCUGGAUAAAUUUUAGGGACAUGUUAAAUAUUUUGGUAGGAAAGACAGUGAGUUCAUGCUUGAAUUCUCUGAUUACCAGGUGAUUUGCUGGUUUUCAUUUUGUCUGUAAGGUAGAGAAUUCCAUCUUUUUGUGAGUACUAUCUGGCCUAAUUCCUAAGACUCCCUUCCAGAAUACAUAAGCUCAGGGGACAUUUAUCUAUUCCCUGUCCUCUACUAUGAAGACUGACAAAAUGAAUUAAUAUAGCUACUCUGCAAUCACCUUGUCCACACUCAGUGCCCCUUUAACUCCAUUACAGGCAGUCCCUGAGCUACAAACACCUGAGUUAUGAAGAACGCAUAUUUCCAAAUGAACUGUCAUUAAGCCUGUUAAUUUUUUAAAAUUACUGCAUAAAAUCAUCAUCACCUUAGAGAGAAAGGAAGUGAAAGUGGAGAGAGGGAAGACCUCCAAAACAUCACCAUAGAGAUAGAGGAAGUGAAAAAGUAGAGAGUCCGCCAAAGCAUGCCUUCCUACCCCUCUAAUUCAGGGAGAGAAAUCUCUCUGGCAUUUCCUUGCUGCAAAGAGGAGCCACUGGUGAGUUUGGGCAGUGAAGGAGGGGGUUGAGAUGGUUUUCCUAAUUUCACAGGUGUCUUCUGCCCCUAACCCCCACAAAUGUGAAGUGCCAACUAUAUGUGAUUCGACUUACAUACAAAUUCAACUUAAAGAGAAAUUUCUGUUUUCUCAGGAACAGAACUUGUUCAUAACCCAGGGACUGCCUGUAUCAUCCAGUGGCCCAACUACUUCCUCAGUUGCUUUCUUUCUUUUGAUAUAAUCAAAGAAUUCUUUAUUGUUAGCUUUGCUAUUGUUAACUGUGCACUCCUCAAACUGAUUCUUUGCUUCUCUAAUAAUCUGCUUGUAUCUACCUUGUGCAAGUGUGUGGUCCCAUCCGUUUGUUUUCAUUUGAGCAAGACUUUAAUUUUUUGAAAGUUGGUUUCUUCUUCCUAAUAGCUUCCUUGACUCUAUGUGUGAAUCAUGCUGGUGAUUUCCUGGGCUUUGUGUUACCUUUUCUCACUUGCAGUAUGCAUAUUUUCUGUGGUUCUAUUAGUGUUUUUGAGUAAUCCCCUUUUCAGCUUCUUCUUUACCAGUUCCCUCCUUUUUGAGAAGUUUCCUCUCUUGAAGUCAAAUGCAGCUUUAUUUGACUUCUCUGGCACUUUUCUACCUAACUGCAUCUUAAAUCUGAUACCAGUGUGGUCACUGUUCCUAAUGGCUCAGCAACAUUUAAAUCCUGCACUAUGACCUAGGCAACCCUGCCUAGGACUAAAUCCAAGAUUGCUUUCCCUUUGCUUGGCUCCAUGACCAACUCCUCUAGGGCACAGUUAUUUAAGACAUUGAGAAAAUUAAUCUCUGUCAGAGAUGUAUUUAUCCAGUCAAUGUGUAGGUAGUUGAAGUUCACCAUUAUUACAGUACUGCCUUUGUUCGAGACCUUUCUGAUUUCAAUUCCCAUAUCAAGAUCAUCCUGAGAAUUCUGGUCUGGGGGAAUGAUAGUAUAUUCCUUUGACUAAUUUAGUUUUGGAGCCAUGAAUUUUCACCCAUAUGGCUUCUGCAGAGAAGUCAUUUUAGAUUAUCAGUUUUGCAGGAUUCUGUGUCCUCUUUAAUAUAGAGGACAACACCAGCUUCAGUACUUUCCUGUCUUUCUUAUACAGGUUAUAUCCACAGAUGAUCAUAUCCCCUUGCUCCUAGUAGAGGUACUUACGGAACCAUAAUACGGAUAAUUAGUAUUCCCAGCUUCCUGGAGCAGGAGGAGGUUUCUGAGACACCCUUCUCCUUCCAAGUUGAGAACACUGCCAGUGUUUUGUGAUGUCUGUUUUACUUAAAAUAUGCCAGUGAAGUAUAGGGGAUCAAACAGCCAUGAACUUGGAGAAACACUGUCUCAAAACAAUGGACACAAGAUCCUUCCCUCAGCCCCACCAGUAUGUAAUGAAAUGCUAGUUGCCAGCAACAGUUAAUGACCACUAGCAAACUGUACAGGAUUCUUUACAUAAUGCUUAUACAAAAACAAAGACAGCCAUGGUAGACAUCAGAAAAGUUCUACACUGCUUUAUCAGUCACCCUGGAGACACAGGUAGAAAGAAAUGGGGAGGUGGACGAAAUUCUUUCAGAUGCGUUACAAGAGUAUCUGAGAGUGAGGUGGAAUCACAUUUUCCAGGAGACAAGGAUUACAUUGCCUAAUUCACCACUUUAUCAGUACUUGCAGGACUUGGGACGCACUGAUUUUGAAAUAUGCUCACCAUUGCUGCAAAAAUCAGAAGAAUGCACAUCCGAAGAGGGACAAAAAGACAUGGAUCCAAAUACCAUUCAGAAAAAAGACAUCCUGUCAAACCUAGCUGAGAGUUUUAUAAGCUGGCUUCCUUUUUUACCAUAUAGGAAAAAGGAGGAUAUGCUCCACCAGUUGGAUGUUGGAUUUCGUUCGGAGGCUCUCUGUACCAUCCUGCAACAGGAAGUUCUGCUGCAAGAGGAUGUUGAACUGAUUGAGCUUCUUGACCCCAGUAUCCUGUCUGUAGGGCAGCCCAAGCAACAGGAACAUGGACACCUUCCAAAAUUACGCUCCCUAGCAACUCCUAAUAUUUGGGAUAUUGCAUUACUGCUUGUCUUCAUCAGCACACUGACUAUGGUUCCUUCUGUUUGGAAUGGUUCCCUUGGAUUGGUGUGGGGAGCAGGAUUGCUGGUAUACAUAAGCUCAAGAGGUUUGGACAUUCUGAGGAUAGCCAAGUUGCAAAUGUCCCUUAAGAAAUGCCAUCUCCAACUUGAAGAAAUAGUGGCUAAUUGCCGAGCCUUCACUAACCUUGUGAGGAAAGCUCUGCGGCUUAUUCAAGAAACUGAAGUCAUCUCCAGAGGAUUUACUCUUUUGCUUGACAGGGUCAGUGCUGCUUGCCCAUUUAAUAAAGCUGGACAGCAUCAUUGUCAGCAUCUCAUUGGUCUGCGGAAAGCUGUGUACCGAUCAGUAAGAGCGAACUUCAGAACUUCAAGGCUUUCUACCUUGUACAUGCUGAAACAUUACCCUUUGAAUUCUGAGAGUGACAAUGUAACAAACUACAUCUGUGUGGUGCCUUUUAAGGAACUAGGACUAGGACUAAGUGAAGAGCAGGUGUCAGAAGAAGAAGCACACAAUUUCACAGAUGGCUUCAGCCUGCCUGCUCUAAAGGUUUUAUUUCAACUUUGGGUUGGGCAAAGUUCUGAAUUCUUCAGGCGGCUAGUUCUACUGCUGUCUCCUUCUAAUGCACCUGCCAAGACCCUGAUAACACCAGAACGUUUGCCUCUGUAUAUCUUUUCUGAUGUGACACAAGGUCUUCCUCAUGCUCAUGCUGCCUGCUUAGAAGAACUUAAACGAAGUUAUGAGUUUUAUCGGUACUUUGAAACUCAUCAUCAGUCAAGUUUGGAACGUCCAGUCAAAACUGAACAAAAAACAGGACAGCUAAAUCAUCUUCAUACAGCAGUGCGCAGUCUCCAACUCCAUCUCAAGGCCUUACUGAAUGAAGUAAUAACCCUUGAGGAUGAACUUGAGAAGUUUAUUAGUUCCAAGGAAAGCCAAGAACUAACUUCAGAAGCCUACCAAGUUGUAGAAAAAAAACUGGAACUGAUUCAGCCUCAUAUGCAAGCUAGCAACAGCUGCUGGGAAGAGGCUAUUUCUCAAGUGGAAAAAUUGAUUAGAAGAAACCCAGAUAAAAAUGGUAAACCAAAACCAACAUGUGAGAACAAGCAUUGCACUGUGAUACCCUUACUACAACCAGGUGUGCACAUAGAAGAUAAAGACCCAAUUCCUGAAGAACAGGAACUUGAAGCAUAUGUUGAUGAUACAGAUAUAGACAGCGAGUAUAAGAGAGAUGACUUUUAUUACUUUUCCCUGGAAGACAGAGAGAGACAAAAACGUGAAAGAGAAGAAUCCAAGAGAGUGCUGCAGGAACUAAAAUCUGUGUUGGGAUUUAAAGCUUCUGAGGCAGAGAGGCAAAAGUGGAAGCAACUGCUAUUUAGUGAUCAUGCUGCAGUGAAACCAUUGCCUACAGCAAAGUCAGAGGAGUCCAUGGACAUUUUGGGAUUGCCUAAGAAUUUAGACUCAGACAAGCAGGAUCACAACAGAAAAGAUAGCUUGGAAGAGAAUACCUCUGACCCAAAAACUGAUGAUGUGAAAGGUAGGACCGAGUACCUUUCUGAUGGGCCUGGUAUAAGUAAAAAUGGCAUUGCUGCUAAUGGCGACUCACCAGAAAUUGAAAAAAGAACAUGUUAUCAAUGCAAUGGAGAAAGUGAAGAAUCGGAGACAACUGAUGUGGAUACAAGAAAUGUGUUGCAGCCACCUGAGAGAGAUGUGUUGCAGUGCUCCAUCAAACAAAGGCUGGCUGAACUCCAUACAUCCACAGAUUUCAAUUUUACUUCAGGUCUGGCUGCACAAGUUGCUGCCAGGUCACUCACAUUUACAACCAUGCAAGAGCAAACAUUUGGAGAUGAGGAGGAGCAGGAGCAGGAAGAGGAGCAGGAGGAAAAAAAAUAAGUUUUUUUUUGAAAAACCCAAAGGGGACAUAAAUGACUAAAAAUGAAAGAUUAUAGAUCACCCAUACUUGGCCUUUCUUAUUGAACAGUACAUAUGGCUGGUGGAAUAACAAAAGCCACACAUGCAGAUUCAGAUGGAAAAUGUGUCUGACAAAGAUGAAUUAUGUGCCCCUUUAAAUUUAUGAUAUCAAUUGGACAUAAAUAGCCUUUUGAAAUAUACACACAUACAAAUGUAAGUUGGACUCAAGAUACAUAGUAUGGUUCUUACAGGUACCACAGAUGACUGUGGCAUUUCUUUUAAUAUUUUGUCUUUAUUUAUUUAUAUUACAAGACUUUUUUUCCUAACAGGAAAAUAAAAUUGUCUAAUUGUCAUUUCCUAAAUGCUGAUUGUAAUAGAAACAUUAAUUUUAAAAUAACUUGAAAUGGUUCUUUAACAAGAACGUCAGCACCACUUGGUUCUCCUGUCAGCUUUAUUUUCUGUUAUUUAUGUUUUAUGGAUUUUGUUGGUCUCUUUCUUCAUUAGGCUCACAGCUUAACAUGUUGACUAUUUAAUUUUUUUAAAGUGGAAGCCAUAGCUUGUAUAUCCUGGGAUGCUAAUCCAAACCCAAUACAAAGCAGCAAAGUACAAUGCAAAACAAACAAACAAACACUUUUCAGCAGUUUUAACUUCUGGACCAGAGCAAAUAAAUUGACUCUAUGUAUUUACAGUAAUGCUUUCAUACUCCUAAAACAUCAAUCCCCAAGCCCCGCUUAAGCUGGUAGGGGAAAUAAAACAAGUUAUGACCAGG